AAAAACAAAACAAACAGAGCCUCUCUCUCUCUCUCUCUCUCUCUCUCUCUCUCUUCUUUCUCUCACAUUCUGCAGUCCCAUCCCCUUUCACAUUGGGAAAUCCUCUUCCUAUCCCCAUUCCCAUCCAUGGUGUCUCCUCUCUCUCAGAUCUCUCAACCCCAUUAAUAUGUUCUUCUCUACAUCUACAUUUACAUUCCACAGUUGUUCUUUAAAUCUGCUAUCCAAACAACAUUUUCUGAAUACAUUUAUUUGCAGCUAGCUAUGUUGUUGUUGCUCUUCUUCUGCAUUUUCUUCUUCUUCCCCGAAGCCUCUUCUGCAAUUUUCUCCAAUCUCACUCACCCAUCCCCUCAAUCUGUAGCCCAAGAACUCAACAGGAGAGUGAAUGCAUCGGUGUCGAGGAGGCUCCUCCCGACUCCGGUAGUCGAUGCACAAUCUCAAUGCCUCACCGGAAACCCCAUCGACGAUUGCUGGCGAUGCGACGCCAAUUGGGCCGCCAAUCGCCAGCGUCUGGCCGAAUGCGCAAUCGGGUUCGGUAAAGAUGUGAUGGGGGGCAAAGGGGGGCGAUUUUACGCCGUGACCGAUUCGUCCGAUCACGACACGGUGAACCCGACCCCCGGGACCCUUCGCCAUGCCGUCAUCCAAGACGAGCCGUUGUGGAUUGUCUUCGCGUCGAACAUGGUCAUCAAGCUCAAGCACGAGCUAAUCGUCAAUAACUACAAGACCAUCGACGGCCGCGGCGCCGACGUCCAAAUCACCGGGAACGGUUGCAUCACUUUGCAAUACGUUAGCAACGUCAUCAUUCACAAUAUCCGUGUCUACGAUUGCUUGCCGUCGGGGAAUACCAACAUCCGGGCGAGCCCUACGCACGUCGGGUGGCGGGGGAAGUCGGACGGCGACGGGAUUUCGAUUUUUGGCUCGAGGAAUAUAUGGAUCGAUCAUUGCACUUUGUCGCAUUGCACGGACGGAUUGAUCGAUGCCAUUAUGGGCUCGACGGCUAUUACUAUCUCGAACAACUAUUUUUCGCACCACAACGAGGUUAUGCUAUUGGGACAUGACGAUAAGUACUUGCCGGACUCAGGAAUGCAGGUGACGAUAGCUUUCAAUCGAUUCGGGGAGGGGCUCGUGCAACGAAUGCCGAGGUGUCGGAGGGGUUAUAUUCAUGUCGUGAACAACGAUUUUUUCGAAUGGAAAAUGUAUGCGAUCGGGGGUAGUGCUAGUCCGACUAUCAAUAGCGAGGGCAAUCGUUACACGGCGCCGAUCGAUCCUAGUGCAAAGGAGAUAACGAGGCGAGAGGACACAAAUGAAGGGGAGUGGUCGAAUUGGAAUUGGAGAACGGAAGGCGACAUAAUGGCCAACGGCGCAUUUUUUGUGCCGUCGGGCGAAGGGGUCAAUAUGCAAUACUCCAAGGCCUCUAGCCUUCAGGCCAAGUCGGCGACUCUCAUUGACCAACUAACGAUGAAUGCCGGAGUUAUCGGUGGCCCGAGGGACAAUAGCAUUAGCCUGUCUUACGGCGGAGGGGCCUCAUACGGCGGCGGCUCUCAUGGCGGCGGCGGCGGCGGCAGUGGUGGUGGCGGCGACUACUUUGGAAUGAUAUUUGGGAGCGGCAGCGCCGCCGUAAGGUCGGCGGAGGCGCCGGCCGGCGCGGUGGUUCUGGGUUUAAUAAUUAUUCUAAUUUUGUACUUCAGUAACAACUAUGGUGGUUUGCAAUGAAUUCUGACUGCUUGCCGCUAAUUUUUUUUUUUAUUAUUAUUAUUUUAAAUUUUUCGUAGAUGGUCUUCAAUUUUUGAAAAAAAAAAAAUUGAAUGAAUUUGUUCUGAGUCACAGGAAAUGUAUUUAAUGGAAUAUUAUGGAGACAUUUCACCGGAAUAGUUCGUUAUUGUUAU